AUGGCACAAGCAAUGACGAAUGGACGAGCAACAUGCUCUAUAUGUGGCAAGGAAAGGAUCGCAUAUAAAUGUGGAGGAUGUUCACAAGAUUUUUGUUUCAGCCAUUUAGGAGAACAUCGGCAAACACUAAGUCAACAGUUCGAUGAAAUUGAAACUGAUCGUGAUCAGUUUCAUCAAGCACUUGUUCAGCAAAAAGAAACUCCCAAGAGAUUUCCAUUGAUGGAACAAAUUGAUAAAUGGGAAGAAAUUUCAAUUAAGAAAAUUAAACAAACAGCAGAAGAAUGUAGACAAAAAUUGAUUGAAUAUAAAAACAAACAUUUGUUUGAAAUAGAAAAUAAGCUAUCUCAAUUAACCGAACAAUUAAAGCAAAGUCAUCAAGAAAAUGACUUUAAUGAAAUUGAUUUAGACAGAUUCAAAACAAAAUUAGCAAAGCUAGCGAAAGAACUUAAUCAACCACCAAAUAGUAUGAUUCAACAAGAUUCUACAUCCUUUAUAAAUAAACUUUCAAUUGUUGUAUCAUCUGGUAAGCGAAUGCAUCAAUCAAGUGAUUCAAUUGAUGCAUCAAGUCGUCUAAAACAAUUUGCAUGGGAACAAUGGGACAAUCAAGUGAUUGCUGUUAUUUUUCGACCUGGUUGUAAUGGUCUUGAUCGUUAUGUACUUAAACGUUAUGUUGAACAAGUAUUAUUUCAAUCCGAACGAUGGAAACAUUUAUCAUCGUAUUUUUCAAGUAUUUCACCAGUCGUUCGUGCAUAUUCAUUAACAUCAAAUGAAAUUGAACUCAUGCGACGUAUUCUUGAUUAUCAUCUUAAUGAUCAAUUUCGUUUACGUAUUACACAAGCAAAUGAUCAAUUAAUUGAAUAUGAAGAUCUACUUGAUUUUAUAUCGCGUGUUCAAGAGUUAUAUAAUAAAAAUUCAAAUUCUUAUCAUCAUAGUCAUUCAAUCAAUGGAAAAAUACCAUCGAUACCAAUAAUUCAUUCAUUAUAUAUUUUACCAUCAUUAACAACUAAAUCAAUGAUAACUCCUGUUGUAGUACAAUCAAAAACACAAUCGAAUAAAAUUCAAGAAUCUAUAACAACAACAACAACAAUAACAAAUAAUAAUUAUGCUAAAAUCGAUAGUAAUGGUUGGAUACAAAUAAAUAAUGUUUAUUUACCAUUUAUAGUAAAAAAUCAUCAACGUUAUGUACCAUAUCAAGUACUUGUAUCAUGUAAAAUUCUUGAAGUUGAUGAAUUACGAACAACAUUAAUACAUGCUACGACAACAGAUAUAACAUUAAUUAAUACAAUGAUACGUGAAUGUAAAAUAAAUAAUGAACAAAUACCUGAAAAUGCUCUAUUAAUUAAUGUUUAUCAUGUUCUUAUUGGUACAAAAAAUUUAAUUUAUAUUAAAAUUUUACCAAAAGAUAAUCCAACAUUAAAAAUAAAUCGACAAUAUAAAAAUGUUUUAUCAUUACAUGGUGGUUCAUUAUAUAUAAAAAAUUAUUUAAUACCAUUUGUUUGUUCAAGUCAUCAUUCAUAUAUACCAUUAAAUACUAUAUUAAAUAUUUAUCCAAAUUUACAAAUAAAAUUAAAAAAUUUUGCACGUGUACCACAUACAUAUGAAUUAGAUUAUUUACAACUUGUACAAAUGUAUUAUAAUGAAGAAAAUUUAUUAUCAUUAGAUACAUUACUUAUUGAUAUGAAAGAUUUAUAUCAAACUGAUAUAGUUCUAUCAAAUACAAUGACAUUAAUUGAAUAUCAUGCAAAAGAAAAAACAAAAUUUGAACAAAAAUUAAUUUUAAUAAAUAAUUUAUCACUGAAGAAACGAAAAAAUCCAGAAUCAUCUGAAAAUAAACAAAUAAAACAAAAAUUAAAAACAUCACAUCAACCAACAUCUACAUUUGUUCGUCCAUUAACAGGAAAUUAUCCUAUACAAUCAAUAAAAUCAACUUCUUCAAAUCAACAAAAUAAUUGGAUUUCAACUAAUGAUCAACAUCCGGAAAGAACACAUUGGCAAUAG